AUGGGCGAAGAUUUCUUCCAAUAUCUACCAUCAGAUAUCAUAGUAAAUAUCCUCUCAAGACUCCCCACUUAUGCUGCUAUGCUCUGCAAGUGUGUUUGUAAGUCAUGGCGCGUUCUUCUCGCUUCCCCCGAGUUUGUGAAUUCCCAUAUAUCUAGAUUAGUCCUGUGCAUUGCCGUUGAAACACACUCAAAGUCAUACGAAGUCAUGGAGAUCGUGGAUGAGCUUGCCGACUUUGAUGAGGAGUUUAGUUGGUGUGCAGACUUCAACUUCGAACUCCCCUUUGAUGAGCCAAUCCAUAGUUCGGUCAAUGGUUUGAUCUUUCUAAGAGGCGUCGGUCAUGAAGAUCUUAUCAUGUGCAAUCCAGUCACACGUGACUAUUUCAAGCUCCCUCGACAAACCACCUCAAAAGAUCAAUUUGCGUUGGAGAGUUUUGGAUUUGGAGUGAGCAGAACGACCAGGCAGUAUAAGGUGGUUAGGGUUUUCGAGGAAAAACCUAAGUACAAAUUCAAGUGCCAAACACUAUGUGAUCUAGAGCUUGCAAUUUGGUCGAUGAAGGAAUAUGGAGAUGAGAAAACUUGGACAGAGGAAGUUUUAACCGGCGAUUCCUUAAGGGGGCAUGCUGUACAUCAUGUUUGCCCAAUCAAAGUUUUCAAAAAUGGUGACAUCUUGCUAGAAUGUGAUAGGGACAAACUAUUUUACUACAACAAGACGAAAACUCACUAUGAGUUCUUUAUUCAAGAGGAUAGUGAUGUGUAUAUCUCUACGACCGGGUAUUCCCCAAGCUUUCUCACUCUCAAGAAUUUUGUGACGGAGAAUGUGAGCUCGUUUUGA